AUGGGCGCUGGCCCCGCAGGUCUCGCAGCCGCCCUCAGCCUGCAGCAGCAAACAAACAUCAGCUGCACAGUCUACGAGCUGCGGUCAGAACUCACAACCCUCGGCGGCGCAAUUGGAAUCCAGCCUAACGGCUUACGCCUCCUACACCGACUGGGCGUCUACGAUGCAUUCGCCGCUCACGGCUGGAGUGCAUCUACUUCCAUGACGUUACACUCGCUUUCAGGACACGAUGUCGGCUCACUGGAUAUGGCAGGCUGGGCCAAGGAGAAAACCGGCUUCGGAUAUAUGCGUAUCAAGCGAAUGGAUAUCGUAAGCAUCCUGUUAGAGGCGGUGGAGCGAGCAGGGAUCUCUAUUCACUUCGGCAAGAAGUUGGUCAAGACGGAGAACUUCGAGGAGGCCACUGCGGCCGGCAAGAGGGGUGGAGUGAGAGUCACGUUCGAGGAUGGAAGUACCGAUCAAGCUGAUAUCCUGCUCGGAUGUGAUGGUAUUCACUCCUUUGUCCGGCGCUCCUACGUCGAUCCGGACCAUGAGCCCGAGUACUCUGGCACCUCGGGGCUUGGGGCUGUUGUGCCCAGCUCGGUCUUGUCGCCUGCGACUGUGGAGCAGGUCCAGGGAUUCGAGGGCACGCUUACGGAGGACGGCAUGCUGGCUGUGAAUCCUUGCUUGCCGAACAAGGAGGAGCUGUUCAUGUUCUUCUCGAAGUGGGUUCCGCUUCCUGAAUCGGGGCAUAGUCGGGAUGGAUGGGAGUUGCAUCGCAAGGAGGAGGUGGAUGGGUUCAAGGAGCAGCUUUUGAGCACACUGGGGCAUGCGCAGGGUGAUUGGGGCAAUGCGCUCCGCGACCUGGUGCACAAUACCUCGACCGUCAACUUCUAUCCUGUUUAUCGGCUGCCGCUUGGUGGGCGCUGGUCGAGGGGCCGAUGUGUGCUCGUUGGCGACGCUGCUCAUGCGAUGUCGCCGCAUGCUGGACAGGGAGUUUCCAUGGCGCUGGAGGAUGUGUUCUUGCUUUCGCGGUUACUUGCGGACCCGGAGAGGCCCAUUGAGGAGGUCUUUGCGAAGUAUGAUCAUAUUCGACGGCCCAGAGUGAACGAGAUCUUCGAGAUGGCCGCCUCGAAUGCACAGAUGAGGAAGAAGACCACACACAGGGGUCUUUACUUGAAGGAGCUCAAGUUCCACACCAUGUUGAAUGUGGCAUGGGUGUUUGGUCUGGACAAAAAGGGGAUUAGGCAGGGCCAUCUGGUAUACGAUAUCGAUGAGGUGCCACUGUGA